GAAGGCGAAUACAAUAUAUAUGGGCGAAAGAAGUCAAAAGGAAGGAUCCGGACGGAGGCAGAGGACGUAAAGGGGACCCGCAGCUGAGUUUGUAAACAAAGUGAGGCAGGUAAGGCAGAGGUGGAGGGACUGGCUGACUCCGUUGCUGAUGGAAGGCUGACUCUCUCCUGACACAAGCAACAUGGCUGACAAGAGUGAUAUGGUUACACACACUCCUAUCCUAGAGGCAGAAUUAAAUAGCCUUAGAGGUUUGUCCUUCAGAGACUAUCUCAAGUCAGAACUGCGUCGUGGUUACUUGCUUGAAAAUGACGAAGAGAGAUAUACAGCUCGUAGAGAGAAGGUUUAUACUUUCUUUAAAAUUCCAAGGGAGAUUGAGAAAUUUGUCGCAUAUGGAUUCUUCCAGUGUGCUGACUCCUUCUUCUUUGUCUUCACAUUUCUGCCUAUCAGAUUCUUCUUAGCCAUAUGGUCCCUCUUGACACGCCCUAUCAGAAAAUUGUUUGGAUUCUACUUCAACAAAAAUCGGAGAAUUCUGAAACCGGCAGAAAUCGUAGACUUACUAAAAGGAGUGAUGGUGUUGGUGUGCUGUUACAUCAUGGGUUAUAUUGACACCUCUGUCUGCUACCACAUUAUCAAGACCCAGUCAACCAUAAAGUUAUACUUGUUCUUCAAUAUGUUGGAGAUUGCAGACAGGCUCAUGUCAGCAUUUGGACAAGACACUUUGGAUGCUUUAUUUUGGACCGCCACAGAACCUCGAGGCAGGAAAAGGGAACACUUUGGCGUGCUGUUUCACCUGCUUGUUGCAAUUGCAUAUGUUGCCAUGCAUUCAACGAUAGUCCUCCUGCAAGCUCUCACACUUAAUGUAGCCAUCAACUCAGACAACAAGGGCCUGCUGACUAUUGUUAUAUCAAAUAAUUUUGUUGAAUUAAAGGGAGCAGUAUUCAAGAAAUUUGACCGUAACAACCUACUGCAAAUAUCCUGUAGUGACGUUCGGGAAAGAUUUCACAACUGCGUUCUUUUGUUAGUGGUGGUGAUACAGACCAUGAAGGAAUAUGCAUGGAAGGAGGAGCGCUUGUGGAUAUUACUCCCAGAUUGCCUCUUGGUGUGUGGUACAGAAAUUCUUGUUGACUGGCUCAAGCAUGCCUUCAUCACCAGGUUUAAUGACAUCCCUGCUGAUGCAUACAAAGACUACACUGUUCUUUUAGCCUCAGACCUCAUUAUGUGCAAGCAAAAAUAUGCAUAUUCAGACCACAGUGACCUUGUAGCACGACGCAUGGGCUUCAUUCCUCUUCCCCUCGGGGUUGUCAUGUAUCGCAUUCUAAGUCAAUCCAUCCACCUCAGCAAUCCAGCAUCGUACUUGAUUCUUGUAUUUGGAUUCUUCUGCCUUUUGUCUUUCCGUGUAUUAAAUGGUGUCAUCAUUCUGGGGAAAGCUUGUGACCUUAUUGAGAGCGCUGAGAAGCGUCGUGCUAGAAACGAAUCUACUUCUGAGUCUGUAGAGAAAAAGAAGUCAAGUAGUAGUGACUCCAUGACCUCUGAAGAAACAUGUUCAAAAGAGGAGCCUAUAAAGGUAGAGGCAGCCACUAGUCCUAUACGAGGGUGGAGUCUGCCACCUCAGCCCUCGCCCAUGUGUGAAAAACUGCCAUGCAAAGCUUUCACUCCAACACCUGAGAUGACAACACCAGCCUCAGCUUCCAUUGUUUCCACUCCCUCGUCAUCGGCUGCCCCACCGAGGAGCAACUCUUUGGACUUCUUUGGAGAAUCUAAAAAAGGACUGAUGGCCAAUAGCAUGGUCAACCUAUCAAGUGUAGGAAUUAACGAAGGGCCAUUUACCAGUGACGCAUCGAGGCAGUACCUUCUACAACACUCGCUGGAAAGUAUAGUCUCGGCCGAAAAUUCGGAUGCAGCCGAUAGCUCAUUUGAACAGAUCGCAUCCGUUCCAGCAACCCCUGGAUUGUUACCAACAACAAGCGAAGCGAGUAGCAACACAGAUGACCAGACAGAACAUAUUCAAGCUAUAACUCCAAGUCCAGCGUCAUCCCAGGGAGAAUCUUUAUUCGAGAUUGAAGCUCCAUCCGAGAUGAAAAAAAUUAAAAGGCCACCUUUCUUAACGUGUGAUUCAUUAAGAUAUAGAGGCUCCACAGAUGCUGGGGAUUUGCUAUGAUUUUUUGUUAUGGAUGUUUUAAUAAGAUAAGAUAUAUUACUGUAUAUACGUACAUUAACUUACUUUCAAAGCAGUUGAGUGAUAGGCUGUUAGUUUACUGUAUAUGUAGUUACUUAUUGCAAUUUUCCAGUCUGCAUGACCUUGAAUAUUUGUGUUUAAUAUGUUGCCAUAAGCCAGCAACCUUAUUAUCAAUCGGAAUAAGUUUCAAGAAUAAUGCGAUGUGAUUCAGAUUAUGCCAACAGCGAUCGUUUUAUAAACAGUAAUAUUUCAAAUGAAUAUCAUAUUAGUUAUUUGAUAACAUCAGCACUUUUGUGUGCAGUUGUUUUAUUUGUUUUGGUAUUAUUACAUGUGUGUUUGUGUGUGUUUGUUUGUUUGUUUGACUGUCUGCAUCUGUUUUUGUGUUAAUAAGCUUAUACACUAGAAUAUUACUAUGUAUCCAAAUGUUAUGUGUACAGUACAGUAUUUAUAUGUAAGUUAGUACCUACACACACAUAGUAAAGCUUAUGUGUUCCAGAUUAAAACACACCCAACAUAAUACAAAGACAUAUGUGUACUUGUAUACAGACCUAGUGUUAUCCCUGUCCUCAAUGUACAGCUUGAUGGAAUGAAUGGGUGAUGAAAUUAAUGAUGAAGAAACACGAAGUGUGAGGCUUAACCCCGACACUACGAGGACAUUACUCAAUAUUUAGUUUGUCUAAUGUCAGACGAUUUUAUUCAGCUUAGAGGAGAACCCAUACACAAGGAGUUAAUGCAGAAAGUUGACACUGAAGAAAACAAGGAUUAAUGGAGAUAAUUUAGAAUAACUUAAGGAACAGGAAAAAGAUGAAAAUUGGGAUCUUGGGGAGAAAGCUAAAUACUGUACUGUACCUUAAUUAAAUGUAUGUUAGGAAAUACUGUAUACGUAUAUAAUUGAGUUGUGCUAAAAGUCAGAGAAUGUAUAGGGAAAGGAGACUAAAGAUGAGAGAUGCAUUUGAUUGGUUUUUCAAAUCCAUCUUCAAUGGAGAACGUUCAGGGAAUAUUUUGUAAAUCUGUUGAAUGUUAGAUUUGUAGUAAGUUUUAUAAGAUUCAUAAUGAGUUUAUGGGGUAUUGAAGUGAUCGGUGAUUAAGGGAGAGGUACGAAUGAAGAACAAAAAUAUUUGUCUUGACAGUAAUUUACUGUGUAAGAUGGGAUUGGUGUUCAGAAAAAAUUUAGGUUUGCUGUUUGAGAAAAUGGUACAGUAAUUGAGUAAAUAAUAUUGCAGGUAUAAAAGUGAGAGAUUAAGAUGUUAUACAGUAUAGUGUUCAGAAAAAUAGUAGAUGUAAAGGUCAUGAAAUUUAUCAAUAUAAGCAGCAGUGGAAAGAUUUCAAUUUGGAAUUAAGUUACCCAGUACAUUUUGCAGGGCAGUGGCACACUUAGAUAUUUUAUUUAACUUAGAGACACCCUGCCCUACAAAGGGUUAAUAUGCGAGUCAUAGGUGAGUGUCAGUUGAAUGUGUGUUACUACCAAGAUUAUUUAAAGUACAUUACUGUACUAUGUACAGUAGGGUAUUGUUAAAUGAAAUAGUAAAGGAAAUUUAAAUGAAGGAAUUAUAUCUGUGAGCAGAUUGUAAGAAUAUUGUCUAAUGCAGAUGAUACAGCUCUAGCCCAGUCAGAGGAGGCAGCAUAAAUAUACUGUCUAAUUCUUUCUAUCAGGUGUAAAGCCUAUGAAUGUAUGACUCUCAGCCAUUCUCUCUUAGCUCCCUCUACCACAUUUCACAAUCUUUGCUGUGAUGCCAGAUGGUGUGACCAUAGAGAGUAUAAUACUGUACAGUAUACUGUACUAUCUUUUCAUAAUUUUUCUUUGUUUACAUACUGUAUUGUUCAGGUUGAUUCCCAUUGAGCCUUCCCAUAAAGAGAGAAAAUUAAUUCCCUCUUCCAUUAUCUUGGUUCUCGUAGGAUUCUUUGGUACUGGUGAAUAGUACAGUACACAGUAAUUACAGGAUUAUGUAGGAAAAGGAAGUACUGUAAAUAUUUUGAAACCUAGAUGAUGGUGCUGCCAAAGUGGAAUUCAAUAAGGUGAGAAUGGAUAAAGUUAAGAAUUUGAAAUAUAUGGGAAGCAUUUUUAGCGUCACUGGAUGAAUGAAUGCCAAGAGUAAUGAAAUGAAAACAAAUAGCCUGACAAUGUUAUGUGAAUCUAUAACUGUGAUGAGUAUGUAUGAAGAUUCAAUUCACUCAACUCUGAUAUUUAGGAUGAAUACAAAGAUGUAGAAGGACAAUGAAAGUAAGAUGGGUAUUGAUUUUUCUUUAGAUAAUUGAUUUUGGAGUUAUAAGAAUGAUUUGCAUGAUGAAUAAGGUUGAAAGAGGUAAAAAUUGAUUAGCAAAGUAAGUGGGUCAGAGUUAUAUGGUAGUAUGGGUCAACUGGGAAGCUGUGAUCUGUAAAAUGAGGAAAUUGAGUGAUCUCCAGAUUCCCUCCAGCCAGAUGUUGCUUAGGGGUUUAUUGAGAAUAGGGUAACUUAGCAAUCUUUGGCACUCAUAUUUCCUGGGUUACUGCUCAGUAACUCCAUGAUACACGUAAAUAAUAUCGCCCGUAUUAUUAAACAACAUCUUCCC